AUGUUGGCAAGCUUGGGAGAAGUAGGUAGACCGCAGCAGGCAGAGGGGAUUCGAAGUGUGAUGAUCCCAAAGCAGGGCCGAGCUGGUGAAGGCCCCUACCGGCUGUCCCCACACUUGGCCCAGGCCUUCCUGCUCAUGCUCCAGAGUAGGGAGUGUGGAUCUAGAUUUCUCAUCACAUCCACGGGCGCCUUGUAUAUUAAAGAUGUACAGAAUGAAGAUGGAUUGUAUAACUACCGCUGUGUCACGCGGCACAGAUACACCGGGGAGACCAGGCAAAGUAACAGCGCUAGACUUUUUGUAUCAGACCCAGCGAACUCAGCCCCAUCCAUACUGGAUGGGUUUGAUCACCGCAAAGCCAUGGCAGGGCAGCGUGUGGAGCUACCUUGCAAAGCGCUUGGGCACCCUGAGCCAGAUUACCGCUGGCUGAAGGACAACAUGCCCCUGGAACUCUCUGGAAGGUUCCAGAAGACCGUGACAGGGCUGCUUAUUGAGAACACACGUCCCUCAGACUCAGGCAGCUAUGUGUGUGAAGUGUCCAACAGAUAUGGAACUGCUAAGGUGAUAGGCCGCCUGUACGUGAAACAGCCACUGAAAGCUACCAUCAGCCCCAGGAAAGUUAAAAGCAGUGUGGGCAGCCAGGUUUCCUUGUCCUGCAGUGUGACUGGAAGUGAGGACCAGGAACUCUCCUGGUACCGAAAUGGUGAAAUACUCAACCCUGGAAAAAAUGUGAGGAUCACAGGGAUCAACCACGAAAACCUUAUAAUGGAUCACAUGGUCCGAAGUGACGGGGGAGCAUACCAGUGCUUCGUGCGCAAGGACAGGCUGUCCGCUCAAGACUUUGUGCAGGUGGUCCUUGAAGAUGGAACUCCCAAAAUCAUUUCCGCCUUUAGUGAGAAAGUGGUGAGUCCGGCAGAGGCCGUCUCCCUGAUGUGCAACGUGAAGGGAACGCCGCUGCCCACGAUCACGUGGACCCUGGACGAUGACCCCAUCCUCAAGGGCGGCAGCCACCGCGUCAGCCAGAUGAUCACGUCGGAAGGCAACGUGGUCAGCUACCUGAACAUCUCCAGCUCUCAGGUCCGCGACGGGGGCGUGUACCGCUGCACGGCCAACAACUCGGCGGGCGUCGUCCUCUACCAGGCUCGAAUAAACGUAAGAGGGCCUGCAAGCAUUCGACCAAUGAAAAAUAUCACAGCAAUAGCGGGACGGGACACAUACAUUCACUGUCGUGUGAUUGGCUAUCCGUAUUACUCCAUCAAAUGGUACAAGAACUCAAAUCUGCUUCCUUUCAACCACCGCCAAGUGGCAUUUGAGAAUAAUGGAACCCUAAAACUCUCAGAUGUGCAGAAGGAAGUUGAUGAGGGGGAGUACACCUGCAACGUGCUGGUCCAGCCCCAACUCUCCACCAGCCAGAGUGUCCAUGUGACGGUCAAAGUUCCACCUUUUAUCCAGCCUUUUGAGUUUCCGAGGUUCUCCAUUGGACAGCGGGUAUUCAUCCCAUGCGUUGUGGUCUCAGGGGACUUGCCCAUCACCAUCACCUGGCAGAAAGAUGGCCGGCCAAUCCCAGCAAGCCUCGGGGUGACCAUUGACAACAUUGACUUCACAAGCUCUCUAAGGAUUUCCAAUCUUUCCCUGAUGCACAAUGGGAAUUAUACCUGCAUAGCCCGCAACGAGGCAGCAGCAGUGGAGCACCGAAGCCAGCUAAUCGUGAGAGUUCCUCCCAAGUUUGUGGUUCAACCGCGGGACCAGGAUGGGAUUUAUGGCAAGGCUGUCAUCCUCAAUUGCUCAGCUGAAGGUUACCCUGUACCCACCAUCGUGUGGAAAUUCUCUAAAGGUGCUGGGGUUCCCCAGUUCCAACCGAUUGCCCUGAAUGGCCGAAUUCAGGUCCUCAGCAACGGGUCUCUGUUGAUCAAGCACGUGGUGGAAGAAGACAGUGGCUACUAUCUGUGCAAGGUCAGCAACGAUGUGGGCGCGGACGUCAGCAAGUCCAUGUACCUCACGGUGAAAAUUCCUGCGAUGAUUACAUCCUACCCAAACACCACCCUGGCCACUCAGGGUCAAAAGAAGGAAAUGAGCUGCACGGCCCACGGUGAGAAGCCCAUCAUAGUCCGCUGGGAGAAAGAGGACCGGAUCAUUAACCCUGAAAUGGCCCGUUAUCUCGUGUCCACCAAGGAGGUGGGGGAGGAGGUGAUUUCUACUCUGCAGAUUUUGCCAACGGUAAGAGAAGAUUCUGGCUUCUUCUCCUGUCACGCUAUCAAUUCUUAUGGGGAGGACCGUGGAAUAAUUCAGCUCACGGUGCAAGAGCCCCCAGACCCUCCUGAAAUUGAGAUCAAAGACGUGAAGGCGCGCACCAUCACCCUCAGGUGGACCAUGGGCUUUGACGGGAACAGCCCCAUCACGGGCUAUGACAUUGAAUGCAAAAAUAAAUCAGACUCCUGGGAUUCUGCUCAGAGAACCAAAGACGUUUCCCCUCAGCUGAACUCGGCCACCAUCAUUGACAUCCACCCUUCCUCCACCUACAGCAUCCGCAUGUACGCCAAGAACCGGAUUGGCAAGAGUGAGCCUAGCAACGAGCUGUCCAUCACCGCGGACGAGGCAGCUCCUGAUGGCCCACCUCAGGAAGUCCACCUGGAGCCCAUCUCUUCCCAGAGCAUCAGGGUCACCUGGAAGGCUCCCAAAAAACAUUUGCAAAACGGGAUUAUCCGUGGCUACCAGAUUGGUUACCGCGAGUAUAGCACCGGAGGCAACUUCCAGUUCAACAUCAUCAGUAUCGACACCACAGGGGACAGUGAGAUUUACACCCUGGACAACCUCAACAAGUUCACCCAGUACGGCCUGGUGGUGCAGGCCUGCAACCGGGCCGGGACGGGGCCUUCUUCUCAGGAAAUCAUCACCACCACCCUCGAGGACGUGCCCAGUUACCCCCCCGAAAAUGUCCAAGCCAUAGCAACUUCACCAGAAAGCAUAUCAAUAUCCUGGUCCACACUUUCCAAGGAAGCCUUGAACGGAAUUCUCCAGGGGUUCAGAGUCAUUUACUGGGCCAACCUCAUGGACGGAGAGCUGGGCGAGAUUAAAAACGUCACCACCACGCAGCCCUCCCUCGAGCUGGAUGGGCUGGAGAAAUACACCAACUACAGCAUCCAGGUGCUGGCCUUUACCCGGGCUGGAGACGGCGUCCGGAGCGAGCAGAUCUUCACCCGGACCAAAGAGGAUGUUCCAGGUCCCCCUGCCGGAGUCAAGGCGGCCGCGGCCUCAGCCUCCAUGGUCUUCGUGUCCUGGCUCCCACCCCUCAAGCUGAAUGGCAUCAUUCGAAAGUACACGGUGUUCUGCUCGCACCCCUACCCCACAGUGAUCAGCGAGUUUGAAGCCUCUCCUGACUCAUUUUCCUACAGAAUUCCUAACCUGAGUCGGAAUCGUCAGUAUAGCGUCUGGGUGGUGGCCGUGACCUCAGCCGGCAGGGGCAACAGCAGUGAAAUCAUCACCGUGGAGCCUGUUGCUAAAGCUCCGGCACGAAUCCUGACUUUCAGUGGCACGGUGACUACUCCCUGGAUGAAAGACAUUGCCUUGCCUUGUAAAGCUGUUGGGGACCCCUCUCCUGCCGUAAAGUGGAUGAAAGACAGUAACGGGACACCCAGCCUGGUAACGAUUGAUGGGCGGAGAAGCGUCUUCAGUAAUGGUAGCUUUGUCAUCCGCACGGUGAAGGCAGAGGAUUCUGGCUAUUACAGCUGCAUCGCCAAUAACAACUGGGGGUCGGAUGAAAUUAUCUUAAAUUUACAAGUACAAGUUCCACCAGAUCAGCCUCGGCUCACAGUUUCAAAAACCACCUCUUCUUCCAUCACCCUCUCGUGGCUCCCUGGGGACAAUGGAGGCAGUUCUAUAAGAGGUUAUAUACUGCAGUACUCCGAGGACAACAGUGAGCAGUGGGGGAGUUUUCCCAUCAGCCCCAGCGAACGCUCCUACCGCCUGGAAAACCUGAAGUGUGGGACUUGGUACAAGUUCACUCUCACUGCACAGAACGGAGUGGGACCCGGGCGCAUAAGUGAGAUCAUAGAAGCGAAAACAUUGGGCAAAGUACGAGGCACUUGGACAGCAAUGAUGCUGUGGGUACUUCCCACUGUCUGGACCACAGCCCAGCGAACCUCCCUCUCCAAGUCCUAUAUCCUGUAUGACCUGCAGGAGGCCACGUGGUAUGAGCUGCAGAUGAGGGUGUGCAACAGCGCAGGCUGUGCAGAGAAGCAGACCAACUUCGCCACGCUCAACUACGAUGGCAGUACAAUCCCCCCACUCAUUAAGUCAGUUGUCCAAAGCGAUGAAGGGCUGACAACCAACGAGGGGCUCAAGAUGCUGGUGACCAUCUCCUGUAUCCUGGUGGGGGUCCUGAUGCUGUUUGUGCUCCUGCUGGUGGUUCGGAGGAGGAGGCGUGAGCAGAGGCUAAAGCGGCUGAGAGAUGCAAAGAGUUUAGCUGAAAUGCUCAUGAGUAAAAAUACCCGGACUUCAGACACCUUGAGCAAGCAACAGCAAACCCUGAGGAUGCAUAUUGACAUACCCAGGGCUCAGCUCUUGAUUGAAGAGAGAGACACAAUGGAGACCAUCGACGAUCGCUCCACAGUCCUGUUGACGGAUGCUGACUUCGGAGAGGCCGCGAAGCAGAAGUCCCUGACGGUGACGCACACGGUCCAUUACCAGUCCGUGUCGCAGGCCACGGGGCCCUUGGUGGAUGUUUCAGACGCUCGGCCAGGAACGAAUCCCACCACCAGGAGAAAUGCCAAGGCUGGGCCCACGGCGAGAAACCGGUACGCCAGCCAGUGGACCCUCAACAGACCCCACCCCACCGUUUCAACACACACCCUCACCACUGACUGGAGGCUGCCAACGCCCAGGGCCACAGGCUCAAUGGACAAGGAGAGUGACAGCUACAGCGUCAGCCCCUCACAAGACACAGAUCGAGCGCGAAGCAGCAUGGUCUCCACAGAAAGUGCCUCCUCCACUUAUGAAGAACUGGCCAGGGCCUACGAGCACGCCAAGAUGGAAGAGCAGCUGAGGCACGCCAAGUUCACCAUCACGGAGUGCUUCAUCUCAGACACAUCGUCCGAGCAGUUGACGGCAGGGACAAAUGAGUACACAGACAGUCUGACCUCCAGCACCCCUUCGGAGUCGGGGAUCUGCAGGUUCACCGCCUCUCCCCCCAAACCUCAGGAUGGAGGACGAGUGAUGAACAUGGCAGUUCCAAAGGCACAUCGGCCAGGCGACCUCAUCCACUUGCCUCCAUACCUUCGAAUGGACUUCUUGUUGAACCGAAGUGGUCCAGGCACAAACAGAGACCCGAGCUUAGGGCAGGCGUGCUUGGAGCCACAGAAAAGUCGGACCCUGAAACGCCCCCCGGUCCUUGAGCCCAUCCCCAUGGAGGCGGCCUCCUCCACGGCCUCCACGAGGGAGGGACAACAGUGGCAACAGGGGGCUGUGGCCACAUUACCUCAGCGCGAGGGGGCAGAGCUGGGACAGGCAGCCAAGAUGAGCAGCUCCCAGGAAUCGCUGCUGGACUCACGGGGCCAUUUGAAAGGGAACAAUCCCUACGCCAAAUCCUACACCCUGGUAUAACCAACGGCAUGACUGGACAGCGGCUGUAAAUACGGUUUAACAAAGUCAAUCAAAGCUACCUUUUUUUUACGGAAUUCCAAUAUUUAUAAUGAAAGAAAAUUGCCAAAAUAUAUUAAAAAAAAGAGAGAGAGAAAAUGCUGAAAAAAAAAAAAAAAAACCCACAGACAGUGCAAAGACUCUCCUGCUUUUUUUCUGUCUGAGUGUGAGAUCCAUCUGUCUGGGCAUCUGAUUUUUUGGGAAAGAAGUCCAGUUUUAUGAUCUUCACGGGCUAUUGCAUUUUUACUGAUUUUCUACAAAGUGCAUGGGGGACUCAUUCAACCUUCUGACCGGAAGUUCUAUCACACAAGAUUAAAAAAAAAAAAAAAAAACAGGAAAAAAAAAUUAGCCCUCUUUGUGAAUUUAAAAGGAACCUUGAUUUGGGGGCCGGGGAAAUGUUAGUCAUGUUUGCACAUCUUUCUUUCACAUUAGAAACUGGGUCCCUGAUUCGACCUCCUUCUGUUACUUAGAAUGAGUACCGUCAGUGAAGGGGUGGGGGGAAUCAAUUUGUUUUGGUUUUCUUUUUGGUUUAUUUUUUAAUUUAAUGAGACACUCUUUGCAUUUUGUCUAAGCGAAAUAAAAAAGAAAGGUGGUCUGCCUUUAUUUCGAUGUCUGCUUCUCUUGUCUCCUACUGACCGCUGGAUCCUCCUUCCUAGGGAGGCUUGAGUUUACAAACACCAGGGCUGGACCCAGAACCCAAUUUAAUAAACUAGAGCAGACUCCAAGACUCUGAUCUCUGCAGGACAGUGGGGAAAGAACACAGAAGAUGCAGUGAGUCUGAGUAUUCAUGAGGGGCUGGCCAGGUAUUCUGAGCAUACUCACAUGCUCU